AUGGUGGCCUCUACCGGCACAGUGCUGGCUGUCUCUGACCCCAGGUACAUGUUGCAUUGGCAGGGCAUGCUGGAGCUGGCAGACUUUCCCCUGCAGAAGGGCUCUGUGGAGCUCCUCAAGCAGAGAUGGGAGUCCACCAAUGCUACGAGACCUGGCCCGAUACUCUGGUGCUCGCCAGGCCCACAGUCCCUGGUGCUGGGUAAGAUCAGCUGCAGCAGCACCAUGGAGAAAGUACCGGCAGACAGCGGGAGGGCAGAUGUGUUCCAGGAGGAGACUGUGGGCAGCCCUCAGCAGAUCGAGCACUUCCCCAUCACUGUGGAGGAGCUGCGAAGCCACUUCGAGGCCCUGGUUGGCAAGAAGCUUUCCUUAUUCCAUAACCUUAUUGGUUUGGAUCAUUUUAAUGGCUGCUGGCGCUAUCUGCCAACCUGUCAGGAAACAGAAAGUGAGAGUUCACUUUCAUCAACAUCGAAGACUCAGCCUGGGAGCCAUGCUGUCAUUUCUCCAAAGGAGUCCAGCGUGAAAAGAGGGAGAGCAAUCUUUGAAAAGAUGUUAUCAGAAAAUGGCCACAGCAACAGAUCUGAAGUGAGUUCUCGCAAACCUGUAAGAGGACUACCUAAAGAGAGCACUCCUGGGGCUGAUAACACACCGCUGGAUUUCCAGGAUACUGUAUCUCUGAAAGAAAGAAUGGCUAUGUACAAAGCUGCUGUGUCCGAGAUAGAGAGUAGCAACUCCUUUGCUCAUACUUCAGAGAAAACCAAGUUCUAUACUGUGCCUGGUGGCCUGGCAGCAGUGAGGAAACAGUUUGAGAAAGUGCAGAAGGCCUCUUCACAAAAGACCUUUGCUCAACACCAGCUUCAGCACAAAUCUGCACAGGAAACGUCAGGUAGCAGUCACCCCACACUAUCAAGCAGCACCAGGGAAGCUGAGUGCAAUGAAAUGACUUCCAAAGAAAGUCAAAUCAAAGCCUCUGAGACACAAGAGGUUUCUCAUCGUGAGCAAGUUACUGAUGAGAUAAAAAUGGCUUCUACAUUUGUUCAACACAGUGACGAAACAGUAACCAAUGCAGCUCAGAAUGAAGAGCUCCCAAAGACUGUAACACAGAUUUUAAAACAGCACAUUGAAAGGACAGCUCAGGAAAAGGCCGUUCACUCUGACAGAGAGACUGCAACACCUGCAAAAGAAGUCAAGAAACUGCAGAUUCAGGAAAAUGAAACGUGCAGACUCUGUCAACAGAGAGUUUACCCAAUGGAAUGCCUAGUUGCUGACAAGCAGAAUUUUCAUAAAUCAUGUUUCCGGUGUCACCACUGUGGCAGUCAAUUAAGCUUGGGAAAUUAUGCAUCUCUCCAUGGAAAAAUAUAUUGUAAACCCCAUUUUAAGCAACUUUUCAAAUCAAAAGGAAAUUAUGAUGAAGGUUUUGGACACAAGCAACAUAAAGAAUUAUGGAAUUCUAAGGAUCAAUGUAGUUCAGUUGGCAAUACUCAUGCUGAAGAAACAAAUCCCAUUAACAGUAUACCUGUUGAUCCUAAACCAAUUACAGAAAUUGAUCAAGACUUGUACUCGGAUACUGAAGGUAUUCAUCCAGAUAUUUUGGAUAAUAAUUUGAAAAAAUCCACAGAAAGAGGUAAAUUAAAGAUGACAUGGCCCCCUUCAACAGAUGAUGCAACACCUAAGAAAACAUUUUGUAUUGAAGAAGUGGCUAAAGUAAAUAAGCCAAAGUGGCCCCCAGAAGGUUUUGCUCAAGAAGGUUCCAGUUUACGUACAAAAAAACCUCUGGGCAAUAAAAAGGAUCCUCAGAAAAAAAGUGCAGUGAGAGAGCAAAAUAAAAGUGACACUGCAAACGAUCAACAAAAUCAACACUCAUCCUUUAGCUCUCUGUCUGAAAAAGAAGCUACAAAUAUUUGUAAAGCAGAGAAAAAUGAAGCAGGCAGUAAGGGAAAAGAUGAGGAUGCUACGAACGUGCAAGAUAAGCUAAGUAAAACAGGAGGACCACAGAAUAGGGAGGAAAGCGGAAAGGAUAUUAAUGAAGGUGAUAAUGUGAUUGCGCAUAUUGCUGGGAAGGAGCGAGAAAAAAAAAAUAAUGCAACUGAUGAUUCAGAAGUUGUACAGGUUACUAACAUUGAUGAUGUAACAGUACAAAAGAAUGACAAAGAAUUCAGCUUGAACAACAAUAACAAUAACAAUAGCGCCACUUUUUCACAUCUAAACAUAUGUAGGCAGGAACCAACUCGCGCAGCUACGUCUAAGCCAAUGGCAGCAUUAAGCCAUGCAAUUUGCACUGAGGCAACUAACACAACAUUCCCUGUUGAUACCGAGUUAGUAAGCAUUGGAGAGGAAUCAAAAUAUGACAAAAAUUUAAAUACUAUUUUAUCUGACACGGUGAAAACAUCUUUUCCUGAAAAAGACAACCUGGUUUUAGACUGUGGUCUAAUAGACUCUGUAAACACAACCAAACGGUCCUGCAGCCCGUAUUCAAAAGAACAUGGGAAUUAUGAUACAGAACUGAAUGGAAUUAAUGCCUGUCAAGCAAGUGAAAUAAUUGAAGUGUCAAAGAAUGACAUAAACAGAAGCGUCCCCAAUACCAGCACUUCGACCACAGUUUGCACCUUGUUGGCAGUCUUGACAGCUGAAACAAUCAAUGAUUUAACAGGUGUGAUUCCUGACUUCUUCUGUCACCCCUGGAAGCUUGUUGAUUCAGGACAGAACAGACUCCUGCUGACAGAGCUGUUCGGGGAUCACACUCCUUAUACAGUUUCUGCUGUGAAUAAGAGUAGUUCGGCUCCUGCAGGUCCUGAUCCACUUGAGGUCAUUUUUAUCUUUGCCAACGUGCUUCUCUACCUUCCUCUUUCCUCAUCGGUCUGCAGCUCCGAUUCCUCACCCGAAUUUACUACGUACAUUACCCUUAGAGAAGUUGUCGGGCGGCGAGCGCAGCGGCGAGGGCGGGCGUGCGAGCGCCGGCACUUGGGGCAGGGGAGCCCCCAGGGUGAGAGCCUCUCGGCCCGCCUGCGCCCCUGUGCGUGGUUCUUCAGCCCGCUGUGCUCCUGCUGGCGGAAGAUGACGGUGGAGGGCUUCGGAGUGUUGCCAGAUCUUGCUGAUUUAGAAAGAAAUAGCCUUUAG